CUAACCCUAAAGAAAGCCUAUCAUAUAGUCCAAAGAUAAAAGAGUUAUGGAAAGCCAUAAGCCUUAUAUUGCAAUGCUUUUCACUCAGUCAGUGUAUGCAGGCAUGGCCUUGUUCUCUAAGGCAGCAAUUGCUAAAGGGAUGAACCCUUAUGUGUUUGUUGUUUAUAGGCAAGCUUUUGCCUCACUUGCCUUGGCUCCAUUCGCAUUCUUCCUUGAAAGAAACAAGGCUGCUCCCUUAUCAUAUUACUUACUUUGCAGAAUCUUCUUGGUUUCACUUUGUGGGAUCACACUCAGUUUAAACCUCUACUACGUCGCUAUCAACUACACAUCUGCAACAUUUGCGGCGGCCACGACUAAUACAAUUCCUGCCAUUACUUUCAUAAUGGCCGCUUUCUUGAGAAUGGAAAGCAUUAACAUAAAACAGUUGCACGGAUUGGCCAAAGUGUUGGGUUCUGUAGUCGGUGUUUCUGGUGCACUAGUGUUUGCUUUUGUGAAGGGACCUCCUAUAAAUUUUAUGCACUGGCAUACAACAACUGAAAAGCCAAAUACAGACUCAUCAAUACAUAGCUGCUCCACAAGGGAAUGGAUAAAAGGCUCUCUUAUUAUGCUCUCAGCCAACACUUUUUGGUCUUUAUGGCUUAUUCUGCAGGGUCCAAUUAUUAAGCAAUAUCAGGCAAAACUAAGGCUUACUACUCUACAAUGCUUCUUUAGCUGCAUUCAAUCAUGCUUUGUGGCCAUUGCAGUGGAAAGGCAACCAUCAGCAUGGAAACUUGGAUGGGAUGUCCAUCUAGUUUCAGUGGCAUAUUGUGGUGUAAUUGUAACUGGAAUUACCUAUUGGCUACAAGUAUGGGUGAUAGAAAAGAGAGGCCCAGUUUUCACGGCAAUGUUCACUCCACUGGCGCUUAUUAUUACAGCCAUCAUGUCAGCAUUCUUGUGGAAAGAGAACUUUUAUUGGGGAAGUAUUGGUGGGGCUAUUUUGCUGGUGGGGGGGCUCUACAGUGUCUUAUGGGGGAAGAACAAAGAGGAUAGGAAAAGUGAAACAGACAAACAAAGACAAGAAACCAAAGAAGAACUCGUACUGGAGUGCAUUACACAUCACUGAGCAGUGAUGGAAAGAAGUCACUACCUUUGGGAGUGUCCUUGUAUUUUUUCAAGCUUUGAAUUUUUCUUUUCUUUCUUUAUGCUUUUCCAUUUUGUUUCUUCUGAGUUUGUACUACUUCUUUCCCCUUGUCCUUUUUGUUUCUUUUAAGUUUGUAUUAUAUUGUGGGUUACAGUUAGCUCAACUAGUAAAGUUUGAUGAUUGAAUAAGAGAUUUGAAGUUCAAUCUC